AUGAAUCCGAGUGACGCAAGAGGAGUACUCAGAUCAGCUGGUGGGUCGAGUUCCGGUAAAAACCAAGGCGGUGAGUCAGUUGUUGAGAUGUCCCCGUCGGGUCUUCGAGUUCUAGUGGUUGAUGAUGACCCGACUUGUCUGAUGCUGUUUGAGAGGAUGCUCCGGACUUGUCUUUACCAAGUAACGAAAUGCAACAGAGCAGAGCUGGCAUUGUCACUACUCCGGAAGAACAAACAUGGAUUCGAUAUUGUAAUCAGUGAUGUUCACAUGCCUGACAUGGACGGCUUCAAGCUCCUUGAACAUGUUGGUCUUGAGAUGGACUUACCUGUUAUCAUGAUGUCUGCGGAUGAUUCAAAGAGUGUGGUUCUUAAAGGAGUAACGCACGGUGCUGUUGAUUAUCUAAUCAAACCUGUACGUAUGGAGGCGCUUAAGAAUAUUUGGCAGCACGUGGUGAGGAAGAGAAGGACGGAGUGGAACGUACCUACACAUUCUGGGAGCGUUGAGGAGACUGGAGAGAGGCAACAGCAGCAACAGAGAGAAGGUGUUUCUGAAGAUGGAGGGGAUGAUAACUCUUCAUCUGUUAACGAAGGGAAUAAUAACUGGAGGAGCAGCGGCAGCUCGAGGAAGAGGAAAGAAGAGGAAGGAGAAGAGCAAGGGGAUGAUGAUGCUUCCAAUUUAAAGAAACCACGUGUUGUCUGGUCUGUUGAAUUGCAUCAACAGUUUGUUGCUGCUGUGAAUCAGCUCGGCGUUGAAAAGGCGGUGCCUAAGAAGAUCUUGGAGCUGAUGAAUGUUCCUGGACUAACCAGGGAGAACGUAGCCAGCCACCUCCAGAAAUACAGAAUAUAUCUAAGACGGCUUGGUGGAGUAUCACAGCACCAAGGCAACUUAAACAACUCGUUUAUGACGGGUCAGGACGCAAGCUUUGGUUCUCUUUCCCCAUUGAACGGGUUUGAUCUUCAAGCGCUAAGUCAGCUUCCUGCUCAGAGCCUUGCACAGCUUCAAGCAGCUGGUUUAGGCCGGCCUACUAUGGUCUCUAAGUCAGGGUUACCUGGUUCCUCCAUUGUGGACGAGAGAAGCAUCUUCAGCUUUAAAACACAACCGCAAAUGAACUUGCUCCACGGUGUCCCGACCGGUAUGGAACCAAGACAGCUUCCUAUUGGUAAUAGAAUGACUAUUCAACAACAGAUUGCAGCUGUUAGAGCAGGACAUAGUCUUCAGAACAGCGGUAUGCGGAUGCCUCUAGCGGCUCAGCAGCAGCAGCCGUUUCCCAGGCCACAAUCAUCCAUCAGGCAGACAUUGUUACCAAACCGUGUUGUUUCUGAGAGAAGUGGUUUCUCGGGGAGAAGCAGUAUCCCGGAGAGCAGCAGAGUGUUACCUACAAGCUACACAAACCUCGCAACUCAACAACACUCGUUGGCUUUCAGCAACUUCCAACAAGAACUCCCUGUGAGCAGCUUCCCGCUUGCUAGUGCACCAGGCUUAUCUGUUCGGAAACCACUUGUUUCUUCUUCUUCUUACCAAGAAGAGGUUAACAGCUCGGAAGCAGGUUUCACUUCACUUAGCUACGACAUGUUCUCAAGCAAACAGAACGAUUGGGAUCUGCGGAGUGUACUUUCCCCUCAUCAAGAAGCCUACCCUUCUUCCUCCAUGUCAAGAAACAACAACACAGCGGUUGCAGCCACAGAUCAUACCCGGAAUCACCAGCAGCAAACACCGCAAGGCAUGGUCUCACAUCAUCAGGUUUAUGGAAACGGAGGGAGCAGUUCAAUGAAGGUGAAGUCAGAGACAAUGGCGUUCCACGAGCAGUAUAGUAAUCAAGAAGAUCUUAUGAGUGCACUUCUUAAGCAGGAAGGAAUUGGACCGGUUGAUACUGAGUUCGACUUUGACGCAUAUUCGCUCGAUGAUAUCCCGGUUUGAUUGGAUUAAAAGCUGAUUAAACCGAAGGGACUACGUACCGGGAGUAGUAUUGUAUCAUUACAAGACCAUCUGCAGUAUAACCUGGUUGCUGAAAUGUGAUAUAAUCUGCGUGAAAUUUUAAGGGCGGAUUGUAUCAGAAAAUUGUUUUGUAUUACUAUUGAUUUUUUCUUUUGGUUUAUGUUAGGAGUUAAUAUGUUACUACUCUCCUUGAAGAUUCUUUUGGUCCUUAUGUAAGUACUGAGGCUGUUUAGGGUUUUCUUGUUAUUCUAACUUUGUGAUAAUAAGACUGUCUCUCUUAGUCGUUGUUCCUGGUCUGUCUUCACCUUUUUUGUUUUUAACUGUUUUUAAAAAAUAGUGCAUAGCAGCAGUAGAUUUUGUAAAAUAUCUGGUUAGAAAGAAUCAAGAACACUGUAUAUUUU